AUGGAGACCAAGAGCUCUGCACUUCUUCACGCCACCACCAUCUUCUACCUCUGCUUUCCUGGGCAAAUUCUGAGUCCCAGGGAAGGUGGCCAAGGUGGAAAAGUGGGUUACAGUUUUUUUCCUUUUUAUUUUUCCAGGGCGGAUUACUGGAAAUCUCAGCCAAAGAAAUUCUGCGACUACUGCAAGUGUUGGAUAGCAGACAACAGACCUAGCAUUGAAUUUCAUGAAAGAGGAAAGAAUCAUAAAGAAAAUGUGACAAAACGAAUUAGUGAGAUAAAAAAGAAAAGCAUGGAAAAAGCAAAAGAAGAAGAAAACAUGUCAAAAGAAUUUGCAGCAAUGGAGGAAGCUGCAAUGAAGGCAUAUCAAGAGGAUUUGAAAAGGCUUGGAAUUAAGCCAGAUGAUGUAGGUCCCAGUUCGACACAGAGUAAAGCACAGAGUAAUACAGCAGAAAAUAAAGGGAAAAAAGAAAAGAAAGAAAAAAAGGAAAAGAAGGAAAAGAAAAAAAAGAUGCCUGAGGAUCCUUCAAGGCCACCAAAACUUGAAAAGAAGGAGUGGGUACAAGGACUUUCCCCUGAGGGCUACACAUAUUACUACAACACAAACACAGGAGAAUCACAGUGGGAGAAACCUAGAGGAUUCCAAGACAGCUCUUCAAACUCUAAGACAACAGCAGAGUGGGUGGAAGGUGUUUCCGAAGAUGGUCAUAUCUACUACUAUAACACAAAAACAGGAGUAUCCACUUGGGAGAAACCUGCUGGAUUUGUUUCAUCUUCAAAUGAGAACAGUCAACGUAACAAGCGCUCUGGAGACCGUGCAGAAACCGAUUCCAAAGCAUCUGAAUCAGACUCUGAAAAGGAUGAUAGUGGAAGUGAGGAGGAAAGUCCAGAAAGAACUUCCAAGAGGAAAGGAGGUAAUGGUGAAGAAACAGAAGAAAAGAAAUCUCCCAAAGCUAAAACGUUAGGUGUAUGGCGAGAAGUUAAUCUAGAAGAGGAACGUAAAAAGGAGACUCCCUUAGUUUUCGAGGAAUCCUCCAGUGAUGCAUCUAAGACGACCAAACCUUUUGGAACCUGGAAAGCAAUUAAAACAGAGGAAGACGACACCUCUGAAGAAGUGGACCUGGAGCUUCCUAGUGCAGAAGGUGACAAUGCAACAACUCCAGUGCUGGAAGUUCCGGAAGAUGCAAAUGUGAUAUUUAAAGAGAAGACCGUCACCUCUCUUGGAGAUGUGUCAGAAGGGGUGCCAGUAUUUAAAAAGAGAAAAUUUGAAAAUGGAAAAUCUAGAAACUUAAGACAAAGACUAAGUGAUCAGUAAUAUUUAUCAAAUCAUUCUAGAUUCUGUUUAAGCUAGAGAGAAUCAAAAGUUUAAUAUUUUAAACAGGCUUUUAUAAAGAAGAAGUUGGUUAGAAAUUAAGGAUUUAUAGCUAUUAAAACAUAUGUGAGUUGUAAUAUUUUUUUAAUUUUAUUUUGAUGUGAUUGCUUUCAGAA